AUGUUCCUACACGUGAUCCUGAUCCACCUGUCUGGGCCCAGUGCCGUCCAGCUCGACCCAGACCCAAAGGUUGUGCAUGGCGACGACCACCGACGCGAUUAUUAUCAGCUCAACCCGAGCGACAACACCGACGCGCUAGCUCGCAGCCUUCUGCAGAACGCGAUCAUGGCACAGGUCCCGAUCGCCGACCUCGGCUCGCCGGACUCAGAUGGGAUCUAUCGCGUGCUGGAUGACUACCCGGACUACUUGCGGCUCGGUCCCUCUCUGAACAUGUGCGACGGCGAGAGAUUCUUGCGGGACCCAAGGCUCUCCCGCUGCUCGGCUACGCUGGUCGGACCGAGCCAAGUUAUCACGGCUGGCCACUGCGUGUGGACCGAGCAAGAUUGCGAGAACUAUGUCUAUGUCUUCAACUACUAUGUUAUCGGCUACGACUCGAACGGCGAUCCCAUGUUCCCGGAGAUCUCUGUGGGCGACGUUUAUUCUUGCGCGUCAUACUCCACCGAAUACGCAGAGGAUGCUUAUGGAAAUUCCAUUGGCGGCCUCGAUAUUGCGUACAUCACGCUUGACCGACCUGUGGUCGGCGGCCGCAACCCAGCCACGUACCGGAAUUCGCUGGUUCCAACCACGGUUGGCCAAAAGCUACUGAUGAUUGGCUUCCCGUCGGGGCAGCCUGCCAAGGUAGACGACGGUGGCACAGUCACACGCACCGGGGCUUCCGGCUACGAGGAAUUUACGGCUUCCGUCGACUCAUUCGGAGGUAACUCUGGCUCAGGCGUGUUUGACGAGAACGGCAUCUUGAUCGGUGUGUUGGUCCGCGGGGCGACGGACUAUGUGAAUACCGGGUAUUGCACGGUGGUAAACGAGCUCACAAAUUCGGCUGGAAGCGAAGCGAUCACCUACGUUCACACUGUUCUCGACCUGAUACCGCCUCCACCAUCGCCGCCUAUCAUAUGCUCGUAUUCCGUGAGCAAUAAGGUCAUCGGCGAAGGAACGAGGUUUACGAUGGGCACUUUCAGCCAGUGUGACACAAACGGGUACACCAAUCUCCGCUGGUCUGUGAGUACGUUCCGCACGGACAGUGAUGGACAUGUCAUUCUCAGUGCUCAGUGGGAGGACCAGACCCUCUACAAGUACUUUGAGAUCGAUGGGCUCACGGACGAUUACAUCGACUACAACGCCAACCCAGUGACGGAAUCCACCGCCUCAGGUUGGGAAGCCACUAACGCACGCGUGGAAUUCAGUGCGUCUUGCAUCGAUGACAAUGAGUGGUGCGGGGCUACGACGGCCUACCUCGCUAGCUGCGAUUGCACCUUCUCAACGACGUGGUUCCUCUAUGGCGACCUACCACCCUCUCCGCCUCCGCCAUCUCCGGCUCCGCCUGCAGGCCUCGCUGGCCCUUGCCGGAGUGAGCACGGAUCGUCGUUGGGCAGCCGUAUCGUUGGUGGAGACGAGAUUGAGCCCCGUGAGCACGAGUUCCUUGUGGCCCUGCUCACGGGGCUGUGUGGAGGCACUCUGAUCGCGCCUGAUUGGGUACUGACCGCCGCCCACUGCUUCGUGGGCACUGACAGCAACGGCAACGAGUUGGGCCCACCCGAGCGAGUGUUUCUUGGCGCGCACGACAUCACUGGCUAUGACUACGACCCGACCAACGAGUGCAUCCACGUAAUCGACGUCGCCAGGACCAUCGCCCACCCGCGGUACAACAGUGCCACCAUGGAAAACGAUAUCUACUUGAUCAAGCUGGCAGAGACCACCUCGUACGCCCCGAUCGAUGCACUGGAUUCUCCAGACGCAGAGUGGCCGGCCGGAACACUUCUCACUGCUACAGGCUGGGGCACGACCGAGUCUGGAGGGGAUACAUUUGGGGCUGACGGUGUUCCCCUCGACGUGCAAGUCCCCGUCGUGAGCAACACCAACUGCUUGGCGGCUUACGCAAACGAAAAUGUGGCCAUCACCGAGACGAUGCUGUGUGCAGGCCGGGCUGGCAAAGAUUCGUGCCAAGGCGACUCCGGCGGUCCUCUAUUUCGGGUUGACGUCGAUGGGACCGAGACGCUAGUUGGCGUUGUCAGCUUUGGCAUCGGCUGUGGUGACGCCGACUUUCCCGGCGUCUACACUCGGGUGGCCUCUUUCAGAGACUGGAUUUGCGACAACACUGACGAACAGGUUUGCCACGGCCGUUCUCCGCCCUCACCGUGCGCCGACAGCCAAUCGUGGAUGGAUGCGUGGGGGGAUGCUUGCUGGUGGUAUGCGGAGAACGACCCCGGCUGCUCUAUAUACAACGAUAACGGGCAGCAGGCGAACUGCCCUUCCACCUGCGGCACGUGCCAGGCUCCACCGGCCUUGCCGCCACCGUCGCCGUCUCCCGCCGUGUCGCCGCCACAGUCGGGAGAGCAAGGCUCGUUCCGAGUCGUCGCCUCUUUCACCGCGAGCGGGGAGGUAAGCAACUUUGAUGAGGCCACCAAGAGGACCAUCCUCGCAAAGCUUGCCCAGCUGGCCGGCCUCAGCUUCGUUCCUCUCGAUUCGACCCUCGAAGUCACCGCUGGAAGCGUCAUCAUCGUUGCAAAGUUCCCGGUUGCCACCGAGUCGGAAGCCAACUCGGUGCAAAGCAGCCUCGCCUCGUACUCCGAGGCAGACUUCGAAGCGCAGAUGGGACCUGUCCUUGCUGCGGUGGGGUCAGCCGUCGUAACUACCGUUGUGGUCGAGGUGAAAGGAGACCCGAAGCCAACUGAGAGCGAUGGCUUCCCUGUGGUCGCCAUUGCAGCGGCGGCGGCAGGGGUGGCCGUCGUGGCUGCCCUCGGGGGUGGCUACGUUUACUACAAGAAGAAGCGCCGGGCUGAUGAGCCAUCGAUCGUGGGCACGCCCGUGGAGAAGGUGGUCGUCGCCUCUGCGUGA